AUGUUGGAGAAGGCCCUAUCAGUCUUAUUCCUGAAGGAGGAGAUGCUGGACUCUAUGCCAAUAAACAGCACUCUCCAAGCCCAGUGGACUCAGAUUCGGAUACGCGUCUGUGUCCAUUUACUGCUGCUGAUAACGCUCGGGGCGCAUUCAAGUAAAUUUGACGUCAACCCAGUGACUGAUGACGUGGCGAGACUCUCGAUAUUGAAACACAAUAUUCCCAAAGACUACAAAAUUCCUGUACAUUACGUUCCGAAAGAAGAGGGUGGGAUGUGCUGGGUCAAGCUCAACGUCUUCUACCUAGAGGAGAGUUUACAAGACUUAGCGCACAAGUUUGGCAACAUUUCGUCCAAUAGAAAAGACAUUAGCAUAUUUAUACAAAUACUUCAGGAACUACGGCUCAAUAUGGGCUCUGUGGAGGCUGUCAUGUACGACUUUGAGUGCCACUACCGCAAGGAGCGGUGGCCCACGGAGAAAUACUUUGAGUUUGUGUCCGACUUCCUGGCGAGCGCGCAACACAGAGACGACUCUGACGAUUGCGAACCACCUCCCUGUCCCACCACACCGCACACGCAAACAGAACAAUAUUUAAAAGGAUUGCCGUCAUCCAGCAGUAACAACUCAGAGUGUAACACAUUCACAGACUGCCAAACACACCAAGAAGCACGUCUGCUUCCAGAGAUUGUGGAGCGAAGUCUGCUGUCCUUACUUUUCAUCCCGUUCCUGGCGCUCAUCCUGCUGCUCGUAUGGAAGCUGAGAUCGCGACGGAACAGCCGAGGUCUUCCACAGACUUCUGGAGAAGGCGUUCUCUUCACGGGAACAGAAGGAAGCGCAUCCCCGCUAGAUUCCCAAAUUACAGAAAAAAACAGGUUGAACAUGAUUGAAACUGUGUAA